AUGAAGCGCAAAACGGACGGACGGGACUCGCUCGAUGCCAACGGGCAGCCCGAGAGCAAGAAACGCGCGCUGUCGAGCGAGGAAGUCGCUGCACGGUUUCGCGAGGGGCUUUUCGACGCUGCGGAGCUGCGCAAGUAUACCAAGCAAUACGCUGGAUCGUCGCCAUACCUUCAUGGCGUGAUUUGCCCCCUGAUCGAGCCCUCGCUCCUGCGGUCGGUACGCAGCGAAAUCCAAGAGCACCUGUCCUUCACCGAGAAGGAGACGGACAUCUACAAGAUUGUGCAGUCGGGCGACCUGGCGAACCUGGACGGACUGGACGAUGCCUCGUUGUCCAAGCUGCCGUCGCUGCUAAAGCUGCGCGACGCGAUGUACUCGGCGCGGUUCCGCGAGUACCUGUCCUCGGUGACGGGGUCGGGCCCGCUCAGCGGCCGCAAGACCGACAUGGCUAUCAACGUCUACAACGAGGGUUGUCAUCUGCUGUGCCACGACGAUGUCAUCGGUAGCCGUCGUGUCAGCUACAUUCUCUACCUGACUGAUCCGGAUACCCCCUGGCAGGCGGAAUGGGGUGGUGCCCUGCGCCUAUUCCCGACCAGGGACGAGAAAGACGCCCAGGGCGAGCCGAUCAAGAUACCCGAGCCGGACACUGUGCUAUCCAUCCCGCCUGCUUUUAACCAGCUCAGCUUCUUUACCGUCCAGCCGGGUGAGAGCUUCCACGACGUCGAGGAGGUGUACCACCCGACGGAUAAGUCGGCACCGAAGCGUGUGCGCAUGGCCAUCAGUGGCUGGUUCCACAUCCCGCAGGAAGGUGAGGAGGGCUACGAGGAAGGGUUAGAGGAGAAGCUGGCCCAACGGAGCAGUCUCUCCCAGCUAGAGGGGCGUGGCGAUAUCUACGACCGGCCGCAGGAACAGGUCGUGCCAUAUGCAGGAAACGACGACGAUGAUGAAACCGACAAAAUUAUCGACAAUGAAUUUACAGAAGAGGAUCUCGACUUGCUAGUGAAAUACAUCGCCCCCUCGUACCUGACGCCCGACAUUGCCGAGGAGCUGUCGGACACGUUUUCAAGCGAGUCGUCGCUGAGCCUGGAACGGUUCCUGUCCGACAAAUUCGCCGCGCGCGUGCGGGCGUACAUCGAGGCGCAGGAGCAGCAGCGGCUGCCCACCUCGUCGGCCGAGAUCGAGGCCCAGACAGAGUGGAAGGUGGCCUGCCCGCCACACAAGCACCGAUACCUGUUCCAGCAGGUUUCUGCAGAAAACAAAAACAAAAACAGAAACAAAAACCCCCUUCAAGAGCUACUGAACGAUCUGCUCCCCUCGCAGGCGUUCCGCAAGUGGCUGUCGGCCAUCACGGGAGUGGACCAGCUGACAAGCCACAAUCUCCUGGCGCGUCGGUUCCGACGCGGGGAGGAUUACACGUUGGCGAGCGGGUACGAUGCCGCGCAGCCCCGGCUGGAAUUCACCAUCUGCCUGACGCCGAGUGGUGGGUGGGAGAGCGAGGAGGGCAAGGAGAACGAGAACGAAGUGUCGGUGGGCGGCUACGAGAUCUACAUGGCCGGUGAUGAAGACGACGAAGAAGAUGAAGAUGAAGAAGAAGAUGAUGGGGAGAAUGCCGAUCAGGUGCUACGGCCGAAAGACAAGGCCAAGAUUAAAGGCAAGACGAAGCUGGACCCGGCGAUUUACCGGUCGGCGGGCGCGGACGAGGAUGACGGGAUCCUAUUCAGCACGGCGGCGGGGUGGAACCGGCUCAGCGUUGUGUUACGUGACAGUGGCACGCUGCGGUUCGUCAAGUAUGUCAGUGCGGCGGCGAGGGGGGAUCGGUGGGAUAUCACGGGGGAGAUUGGAGUGGAAUUUGACGAUGAAGAGGGAGAUGAAGAGGAUGAUGAAGAGAAUGAUGAUGAGGAUGAUGAUGAUGAUGAUGAUGAUGAUGAUGAAGGGGAUGAUGAGGAAGAAGAAGAAGAAGACGAAGAGAUGGAAGAGUAA